CCCACUCCGCCCUCCGGGUCGUGGCGCCCGUCCCUCCCUUGCUCUCCCGUCGCCGCCCAGACAGGGGCUCGGGAGCCGAGCCGAGCCGGGGCAGGGGCGGGAGCCGCGGGACGAGCGCCUGAGGUGCCGUGGAGAAGCCAUGGAGCUGAGCAGCAAGAAGAAGCUUCACGCCCUCUCGCUGGCCGAGAAGAUCCAGGUGCUGGAACUCCUGGACGAGUCCAAGAUGUCCCAGUCGGAGGUGGCCCGGCGCUUCCAGGUCUCCCAGCCCCAGAUCUCGCGCAUCUGCAAGAAUAAGGAGAAGCUGCUGGCGGACUGGUGCAGCGGCACUGCCAACCGGGAGCGCAAGCGCAAGCGGGAGUCCAAGUACAGCGGGAUCGACGAGGCCCUGCUCUGCUGGUACCGCAUCGCCCGGGCCAAGGCCUGGGACGUGACGGGGCCCGUGCUGCUCCACAAAGCCAAGGAGCUGGCCGACAUCAUGGGCCAGGAUUUCGUGCCCAGCAUUGGCUGGCUGGUCCGCUGGAAACGCCGGAACAACGUAGGCUUCGGGGCACGCCACCUGCUUGCGCCUCCGUUCCCCCCUGAGCCCCCUCCCCCAGGCCCCCCGGCCCCUGCCCAGCCUCCUCUUUCUCUUAAAGACUUUUCCCCGGAGGAUGUUUUUGGCUGCGCGGAGGUGCCUCUGCUGUACCGGGCAGUGCCCGGCAGGAUGGGGGCACGGGACCGGGUGCGGGUGCUGCUGUGUGCCAACAGCAGAGGCACGGAGAAGCGGCGCGUACUGGUCAGUGGGCUCCAGGCCGCGCCGAAGUGCUUCUUCGGGGUCAGCGGUGACGCUCUGCCUGCAUCCUACCACCCCGCCCCGGGCAUCCCCUGGUCAGAGUGGUUGGCGCACUUCGACAAGGACAUGGGGCGGCAAGGCCGACAGGUGACCCUGCUGCUGGCCGCCCGGGUGGUGGAGGGGGUGGCCAGCCUGCCCGGGCUCCACCACGUGCGGCUCCUGCUCCUGGCCGCCGAUGCCAGCACGCCUUCGCUGCCCAGCUCUGUGGUCCGGGCCUUCAGGACCCACUACCGCCACCGUCUGUUGGGCAAGCUGGCGGCCGUCCGGAGCAGGAGGGCCGGCGCCUCGCUGGCCGAGGCUGCGGCAGGCAUCACGGUGCUGGACGCGCUGCACAUGGCGGCGGCAGCCUGGGCCAAGGUGCCCCCCCAGCUCAUUGGGAGCAGCUUCGUCCAGGAAGGGCUGGCUCCCUGCAAAACGUCCCCGUCUCCAGCCCAGGCCACCUCGGAGAUGUCGCCGGUCCCCGGUGGGCUGAGCCUCGAGGAGUUUUCCCGCUUCGUGGACCUGGAGGGUGAGGAGCCCGAGUCCGGAACGUGCAAGGAGGAGGCGGGCACUGAGGACGAGGAGGGGGCCGGGGAGGAUGGCCCGGGGCCCCUGCCCACCAAGGCCGACGCCCUCCGGGCACUGGGCACGCUGAGAAGGUGGCUGGAGUGCAACGGCACCUCCCCGGAGCUCUUCGAGAAAUUCUACGCCUGCGAGGAGGAGGUCGAGCGGCUCUGCGGCUCAUGAAGGGGUGAAGGGCCCCCCACCCUCCCCACCCCUCUGGAGCUGCUCGCCAGAGUCCCCCCUCCUCUUCUGUUUCCCAUGGAAACGGCCCCACUAGGAAGGCAGCCGGGAGGCUGGGCUCUUUCCCGUGGAAAUGGAGCUUCUGGAAAGGUGUGGAAGGGAGACAAAUGGGCAGACCAAGUCUGCGCUCCAAGAGAAAGUUGUCCAAGCUUCGAGAAGGGAGUUCUGAAGAUGGGGCACCG